AUGACAGAGACGAACAAGAAAAUUCGGGUCGGGAUCAACGGAUUCGGCCGCAUUGGACGCUUGGCGUUUCGAUUGGCGUUUGAGAGCGACGAUUCGCGUUUGGAAUUUGUGCACGUGAACGAAGGCGUCGGGAGCGGGGAGUCCUCGGCGUAUCUCGCGAACUGGGACAGCGUGCACGGACCGUGGCGAGGAUUUAACGCGGAGUUCGACGAGAAGACGGAGACGAUGACGGUGGUGAAAGAAAAAGAUGGUUCGAAGACGACGACGGUCAUGACGUAUUCGCAAAAGAUGUCCCCAGGGGAAGUGGAUUGGAAAUCGAAGGGAAUAGAUAUGGUAUUAGAGUGUUCGGGGGAGUUUUUGACGAGAGAGAAGUUGCAGGCGUAUUUCGACCAAGGCGUGAAGAAAGUCGUCGUCAGUGCGCCGGUAAAAGAUGCGAAGAAUCCAGUGUUGAACAUCGUUUACGGCGUGAACCAUUCCGAGUACGAUAAAAAUGUGGACCACAUCGUCACCGCGGCGUCGUGCACGACCAACUGUUUAGCGCCAGUGAUUCAAGUUAUUUUAAAAAAGAUUGGGAUCGUCAGAGGAUCGAUAACGACUAUUCAUAACGUCACGAAUACGCAAACGAUCGUGGACGCGCCAAAUAGUAAAAAAUCGGAUUUGCGAAGAGCGAGGAGUGGAUUGGUGAAUUUGGCGCCGACGAGUACCGGGAGCGCUACGGCGAUAGCGUUGAUCUUCCCGGAAUUGAAAGGGAAGUUGGACGGGUUAGCGGUUAGAGUGCCUUUAAUCAACGGGUCGUUGACGGAUAUCGUGUUGGAUUUACCGAGAGAUGUGACCGUGGAGGAAGUGAACGGAUAUUUGAAAGAAGCGAGCGAGAACGAGUUGAAAAACAUUUUGGGUUACGAGACGCAACCGUUGGUGAGCACGGAUUACAUCAACGAUAAGAGAAGUUCGAUUAUUGACGCGUUAUCGACGAAAGUUGUGGACAAGAGACACUUGAAGAUGUACGCAUGGUACGAUAACGAGUACGGGUAUUCCGCGAGAAUGGCUGAUAUCGCGAAUAUGGUCGCAGAAUCGAUUCUGUAA